UUGAAAUGCAUCGUUUUUGCUUUGCUUUGCUUUUGUUUUUGUUUCAGAGAAAGUGUCAUCAAUACUGGCCUGAUAAAAACUCUGCUCGUUAUUCAGACAUCAUUGUCACCAAUCACAAGACAGAGGUUUUUGCAGACUUCACUAUCCGUACUUUCUUUGUGUCGAAGGACGGCAUGCCAAACCGAAAAGUUCUUCAUUUCCAUUUCACAGCUUGGCCUGAUAAAGGGGUUCCUGUCCAUGCAACGGCUGCACUUGCAUUCAGGCGAAAGGUGCUUGCAAUGUCUUCUGACGAUAACAGACCAAUGGCUAUCCAUUGCAGUGCUGGUGUUGGAAGGACUGGUACCUACAUAAUGAUUGACGCAAUGCUUCGACAAGCCCAAACUGAACAGCAAACUCUGGAUAUUCCUGGUUAUCUGCAUGCAAUACGAGACGACAGACCAUACAUGGUGCAAACCCUUGAGCAGUACAUCUUCGUGAACAUGGCUGUUCAUGAGGCUCUCACUUGUGGAAACACAGAAAUACAG